CUCUUCAAAGGGUCUUGAUUCUCUUAUCUUGGCUUUCUCCAUCCACCACGCUACAGGUCGCGCUAUGCCGUCACGCGGUAUGCGCGGCAUCAAAAAAAGCUUCGUCAUGCCUCGAGGCAUAUGGGCACUGUCGUUGCCGUCCCUUGUCUCCGAGGAUGCCUUUGUUGUCAAAAGCCUGUGGGUGCAACAUGAAUCCCGUACCAUGCCAGAGGCAUUGGAUGAUAUCGCCAUCGCUUCCUUCCUCAUCCCGAAAACACCCCUCCACUUCGAAGUGAGAGGCCUAAUGACCCUUUCGAGACCUUGGCUGGUCAGCAAACCCGAACAACGAUUCGGCAUUGACGUCCCCUCGUCCUGCGCACACCUUGUCCAAGUGUGAAGAGUGUCAGUUGACUCGUCAUUGUGCUUGUAUUCGCGCACCAGACUGGAGCCAUGAAUUCGGCUUCAAGAAGAUUGCCCCGCACGCCGGUGCUGCUGCAUGACCUGAGAUAUGGUGAUAAUCUGGGAUAUGGUGACGACCACCAGUUCGCAAAACCUCUGGUGGAAUAUUGCACGAAUGAAUGGCGAAAGUCUCCUUCCCCCGAAUCCUCCCCGGACCGCGGAACCGAAUCGGAUGAUUUCAUGGACCGUUUGGAAGACUUUGUCGAGGCCACGGUCGCUGUGAUAACAGCACCGAAGUUCAAACGGCUCCUCCUGGUCAUUGUGAUUGUGACAAUAACUUCAACAGUGCUUUGGAUCAAGGUCCUUUCACCAAUGGUCAGGGCCGAAAGAGAGACAUGGGCCUCGGCCAACAAAAAUGUAGUCGUUGACUCGGAAGGCGUGUUUGGAAGCAACGGACGACCCGACUUUCCCGGCAUGAUACAAGUCCAACAUCUUGACCCUAAACUCCUCCCACGGUCGAAAAGUCAGACGACUGCCGGGACUGUGAACAAGAACAGACUGGUAUUCGUUGGAGACAUUCAUGGCUGCAGAGAAGAGCUGGAAGCUUUAUUGGAAAAGUUGCAUUUCGACCCGGCCACAGAUCACUUGAUCGCAACGGGAGAUAUAGUCAACAAGGGUCCGGACUCUCGAGGAGUUAUCGACCUGUUACGUGGUUAUAAAGCUUCCUGCGUGCGCGGCAACCACGACGAUCGACUUCUCCUGGCCGUGAAUGACCUGCAUUCGACAUCGUUGAGUUCAAAGAAAAAUCCCAAAUUGGAAACAAGCAAGGGAGGCCAAGCGAUCUCGGAUGCUAGCGAUGAAGUCAGGACCUUGGCCAUGUCACUGGACGCUGACCAGAUCAAGUGGCUCAAAUCUUGUCCUCUCAUUUUACGUGUCGGUGAAUUGAAAGCAUUUAAUGGGGAGACUGUGGUGGUUCAUGGUGGUCUCGUCCCGGGCAUCCCCCUCGAGCAACAGGAUCCAUCGUCCGUGAUGAACAUAAGGAUUUUGGACCUGGAAACACACGUGCCUUCAAAGCAGCACGAACAGAAAGGAAGUGUCCCAUGGUAUCAGUUAUGGAACAAAUAUCAAGACUCGCUUGCUUUACGACAACGCGUGGCCAAGAUGAAGAGUUUCGGCAGAGCGAAAAUCGAUGAGAAGCAGAUGACAGUCAUAUAUGGACACGACGCCAAGAAGGCAUUGCAGAUACACAAAUACAGCAAAGGGCUUGACAGUGGCUGUGUCAGGGGAGAUAGACUCACAGCCCUGGUGGUGUCAGGUGAUGGGACGCAGGAGAUCGUGCAAGUUGAUUGCAAAGAUCGGCGGAAGAGACCGCCAGUACAUGUCGAUGUUGACAACAUACUGCGGAACGGUCGGCCAGGACCUCCAGUCAACGAUGUGACAGACUGAACGAUAUCUGACACUCAUCUCGCUCACUGUUCCAGCCGAGGCUGGGAACAAUCUCAAGUCCAUCUCAGCAGCUGUAUAUUUCGUUGUCACCUUUGCACCUCGUCGGGUCGGUACACUGGAAUCGGUCACUGGAUAUCUGAAGCAAGAGUAAGAGAAGGCUGAAGGACAAUAACGGGCAUCCCUAUUCUUGUUCAGUUGACUCGGUACAAUCACGACUGGAAUGUGAAAGAGGCCCGUGUGCAGCUACAACAUUUUCCGGACGCGGGUUCUUUCGACCUCACUCAUCAUUGGCUCUUUACUCGCCUUUGUUCCACUCAACAAUGGAUCUUUGUUUCUGGACUAUUCGACCAAGAUCCUACCGAGGACUCGACACUCGGUUUCAGUUUAUGCUGAUUGUGAAUAUAUCACGAUAAAAAUC